CGGUAACGGCAACGGCCUGUACAACUUUAAGACGCCUUGGUUAAUAUCAUGGCGCUGCUUCCUCGGUGGGAGAUAUGUAAACACACCUUGUCGGCGGUACUUCCGAUUCUCAAACGCCAAUAAACCACGUCGUAUUACAGGCUGCAUCGUAUGCAGAGGGAAAGAGAAAAAUUGUCUUCGGGAGUGGCAUAUGGCCAUACAUGGCCAAUGUAGAACGCAUGCCAAUAUAUGUAUAUACGAACAAGAGGAAGUCAUAGCAGGAUGUAGGCGCUACGAUGAGAAAGGAUAUUGUAAAUCAUCGAGAAAGAAAGAAAAAUAUAUUAACUAUCUUCCUUCCUUUUUUUCCUGCUCAUUUUCACCGUGUCAAAAGGACUUGAAACUUUAUCCAAUGAGACUUCGUCUCGUUGAGGAUUCUUCGUCUUCUUCGCGUAUUCUGAUGCGAACUGCCGCAACACCUUUAAAUCAGCGUACCGAGUUAACGCGUCAUUCCAGAGAUACGAUCGUCUUGAUUAUUGAGAUUUUUUUCGAUCAGAACGGUAAUAUCAGUGCGAUUGUAUCACAUCAGUGAUUUUAAGGUACGGGUCUUUGACACGCGACGACCCUUUACUACAUCGAGAUUCCUGGUCAAGUUUAGGACACGCUUCUGCUCACUUACAUUAAAUAAGACUCUUGCUGAUGGGAUGGAGUAACUUGGGGAGACUAGUUCUCACAAGGUGGAAUUCACGACACGUGUCCGAGGGGGAAUGCUCCAAAUUACCUCCUCCUGGUUCAUUUAUCUUUUUUUACUUUUUUACUUUCAUUUAUCUAAACACCGUGGAUUAUUAUACCAGUCAACACAGUCCGUAGCGCCUAUAAUUACUGGGCUAAUCGAGUAAUACGUAUCCUAACUCCAGGAAUAAUUUAUCUUAGACAUUUUUACUUCAAGAUUAAUAGUCUGCAUCUGCCUUACAGUGACCUGGUCCUUACAAUCAUUCAUGACCAAGUGCUGAGUACAGUACAUGCUCCAAACCAUGAGAUGGAAUGGACGAAUAAGUAAGCAAAGUUCAAUCU